AUGGGCAGCAUCUCGUUCCGCGAACACAUCCGCUGGGUGCCUGACGAGGCCGGCGAGCCGACGUCCACGAUCGUGCUGACUUCCCCGCAGCGCCGGUUCGUGGAUCUCCGCAUCCUGAAGGCGCCGACUGCGGAGGGGCAAGAGGCACACGGCGCUGAGCGCCUGGAAUGGGGCAUCGCCGGCACGUCCUCCUCGUCCCUCAUCCCCGACGGCAAGGGCGGCGAGGUGCGCCACUCGCGCUGGGACCACUGGAUCGACUCGCGCACGACGGAGCCCGAGACGGCGGGCGACGAGGGCGACAUGUACCCGCAGGAGGGCGACCUCACGCUCGAGAAGGGGCGGAUGGUCAACCCUGCCACGGGGCAGGAGUGCGACUACGAGGAGCUUUGGCGGGACGUCGACCCGGAGCCCGCGUCUGUCAAGACGGAUGACGCGGCGAAGCCCGAGUGCGUCGUGCUGAAGUAUGAGAGCGAGGCGAGCAAGGCGCGCGGGAUGAUUGUGUGGCUGGGCCGGUUUUGCCAAGGCAUCUCGAGGGUUGGGGAGGAUGUCAGCGCUGAGCGGUGGGAGUGGAAGGAGGAAGAGGGAUGGAAGAGGACCAUCCGGAUCGGGGCUGAGGGGACCAUGCCUUGUGAGGUUUUGCUGAAGACGGGCGCGCAGUUGAGUGUUGGCGCGCAUGUGAAGCAUGGGGAGAUGGUCUGGGAUGUGCUUGAGAGCAGCGGGUAG